AUGACUACAAACUCAGAUUCCUUAUUAUUAAAUACUACUACACUCUCAACUCAGGUACUUAUUCCGCCUGCACCAUCUCCAAAUGGUCAUUUCGCCUCUAUCAAGCAUUGGUAUUCGCGUUCUGAACGUACUUCUGAAACCGCCGAAGCACGUCUUCUGUCAAGGCUUCAAUUCUUUUCAAUUGGUGGAAAGACUGUUGCCACUCCUAAAGACUCGAAAACUGUCGCUCGUGUCGGUUUGGUCGAUUUAGAUGGUGACGGUAAAAGAAUGAUAAAUACUUUAGUAAUCGAUCAAAGUGGCAAUGAUUUCGCUAUUGAAAAUGGAAAAGUUACUCAAGCAAAAAAUCAAUCUUGGACUGUUAAUGAUAUUGGCUAUUCUCCUAUAUCACAAACUCAACUUUCCGUUCAAUCUGAUACUACUGCUAUCAAUGAUAAACCACCUUCUUCAAUAAAAAAUCUUGUAAUAUGUCAUGGUUAUGGUGCUGGUCUUGGUUUCUUUUACAGGAACUAUCAUGAUCUUAGUCAGGUUCCAGGUUGGAGAAUUUAUAGUAUUGAUUGGUUAGGUAUGGGUAGAAGUUCCCGUCCGAAAUUUACUAUAAAAUCUCAUACUUUUGAUGAAUCUGUCGAGGAAACUGAAAAUUUUUUUGUCGAUUCUCUUGAAAAAUGGCGUCAAUUGCAUAAAAUUGAGAAAAUGACUUUAUUAGGUCAUAGUUUGGGUGGUUAUUUUGCUGCUGUAUAUGCUUUAAAAUAUCCUGAUCGCGUGGAACGUCUGAUAUUGGUUUCUCCUGUUGGAAUUCCUGCAAACCUUAACGGCCCAGAAACCUUAAGGAAUCGUAUUGGUCGCACUAUGUUUAAUAUUAUAACUAAAUUAUGGGAUGGUGACAUUACUCCACAAUUGAUUAUGAGAUGGGCUGGUCCUUUUGGUCCUUCAUUGGUCAAUAGAUAUACGACUCGUCGAUUUGCUAAUCUUGAUGAGCAAGAUCAGUUUGAUUUACAUGAUUACCUUUAUCACAUAUCUUCUGCUCCUGGAAGCGGUGAAUUUGCUUUAUCAAGGAUUCUUGCUCCAGGUGCUUUUGCGAGAAAACCAUUGAUUAAUCGUUUACCAAAUUUGAAAAUGCCAACUACCUUUUUAUAUGGUCAACAUGAUUGGAUGGAUUAUCGUGCCGCUGUAGAAGCAAGUAAAAAUAUGAAAGUCCCUACAAAAGUCAUUACAAUCCAGGAUGCUGGCCAUCACUUGUACCUUGAUAAUCCUAUUGAGUUUAAUAAAGCUGUGGUUGCAGAAAUGUUAGAAAAGUCGGACGUAUAA